GAUUUGAAACCUCAGCAGAUCCGAUUAGAUUUCGCGUCGAUGGCGUCAAAUCCUCACAGAGGCGGUGCGGGUGGCUCCCUUUACGGUGGAGCCGCUCCGUACAGAUCUAGAGAAGGGCUUAGCACUAGAAAUGCUGCAGGUUCAGAGGAAAUCCAGCUGAGGAUUGAUCCGAUACACUCUGACCUGGAUGAUGAGAUCACAGGUCUCCAUGGCCAAGUCAGGCAGUUGAAAAAUAUUGCUCAAGAAAUUGGGUCAGAAGCUAAGUUUCAGAGAGACUUCUUAGACGAACUGCAAAUGACAUUGAUCAGAGCGCAAGCCGGGGUGAAGAACAACAUAAGGAAACUAAACAUGAGCAUAAUCCGUAGUGGCAACAACCACAUAAUGCACGUGGUUCUUUUUGCGCUCCUCGUCUUCUUUAUCCUCUACAUGUGGUCCAAGAUGUUCAAAAGAUGAGAGACUCAUGGUAUUCAAAAAAAAAAUCUACGAUGAAUGUUAAGAUCAAUCGGCCAAGAACGGAAUCUAGCAAUCUCCUAUCUCAAGUUUUGAAGAAUACAACAACUUUAGUGUU